AAGAGUUCGGUUCGAUCUCCGAUCUGUGUAGUUUUUACUGUUAUUUGUCAUGAAUUAUUCCAUUGUACUGAUAAUUAGCUGUCUGCUGCUGUGGAGCAAUGUUCGAGCUGCGUUCAAGGACUUUGUUGUGGAGCCAGGAGAUGAACAGUUUGAGUCCAAUAAUGAUUUUAGCCUGGGCUGCGCUGCCGAGGAGUCUGAGCACUUGAUAUCCUUUCAGGAUGUGGAACAGGAUGGCGUUAUAGAUACACAGCUGCUGAUCUCAGCGCUCGUGCAGCAUGCUCAACGUCUGGGCAUGAGCCUGGACCAAUUGGCAAAUCAAGCACAAACAAUUGAAUCAGAUGAUUUACUGGAAGCGGAACUUGGCUGCGGCUCAACCGAGUCGCUCAGCUAUCAUGAGCAGCCCAGCUGGUAUGAUGUGUUUUUCAGCUGAUUCUCAAGAGCUGCUCGAAACUGAUCUCCAA